AUGCCCCCAACUGCCGGUGAUAGGAACAAACUCCAGUUCUCUAGGAUAGAUGAAGACACCAGACCAAAUACACUAUACUCCCAGCUUUGUCUGUGUCCAAAUGCUACACCACGAGUUGGGGCAGUUUCUGAUUCUGUAUUAAGGGCUGGGUAUUCCGUAAGCCAGGGUCUUCAAUCAAGGCCUACGACGGCUUUGUCUAUCGAGGAUAUAAAAUCACAUAAUUUUAAAGAAACCACAAGAGAUACCCGUACUCCGUUGAAGGGAUCCUCAAGUUAUGAAGAUCUUGCACACUUAAAGUACAGUUCAAAUCCCAGUCGAAAAGGAAGUGAAACGGCAGAUUCUACCAGUGUUGAAUCUUUAUUUCCGGGUCAAGAAACGCCAGUCGAGGUCGGAAGCAUCUUUGGUGACUUUGGCGCCACAGCGCCACCGCAAUCCCAAUGGGACCAGGAAGGAAAACAUCGUUAUACACUUGACGAUAGUCUUAGUGUACAGAGAACUUCUUUAGAUAUUGAUUUUGAAAACGAGUUUGCCUCCCCUGAGGAACUCGCAAUAAAGGACGGAGAACAACUCUUAGAAAGUUGGAGACAAAAGAAGAAACAUUUUUUCAUACUCUCGUCCGCUGGUAAACCGAUAUAUGCACGACAUGGGGAUGAUAACCUAAUAUCUCCGUAUAUUGCCAUCAUCCAAACCAUAAUAUCUUUUCAUCAGGAAUCAAAUGAUGUUUUAAGGAGUUUUUCUACAGGAAAUACUAAAAUUGUUAUUCUUUCACAAGGCCCUCUGCAUCUUGUUGCCGUUAGCUGUCUCCUGGAGAGUGAAACACAACUUAGAAACCAGCUCGACGCCCUUUACAUGCAAAUACUAUCAACACUUACUCUCCCAGCUCUACAGCACAUUUUUAAUAUACGUCCAUCCACAGACCUGCGUCGUCCGCUUCAAGGAACUGAGUCUCUCCUGUCAUCUUUAGCUGAUAGCUUUACCAGGGGUUCUCCGUCCACUCUUCUCUCUGCCUUGGAGUGUCUGAAGCUUCGAAAGUCACAUCGUCAAAAAAUGAAUAACAGUCUACUUAAAUCAAAAGUAAAUGCUCUUCUUUAUGGACUAGUCGUCGCUGGGGGGAGGCUUGUGAGCGUGGUCAGACCUAAAAAGCACUCUUUACAUCCGGGAGAUUUGCAAUUGAUAUUUAAUAUGAUAUUUGAAGCUGACGGCGUUAAAGCUGGAGGUGGUGAGAGUUGGAUCCCCAUAUGUCUUCCAGGUUUUAACAGUGGGGGGUACUUGUAUAUGUACGUCAGUUUUCUCGAUCUACACCAAGACCUGCGUCAGAACGACGAGAAUAUUAAGAAGGAUGACGCGGUAGCUAUCAUCCUUAUUAGCGCAGAUAAGGAGAGCUUUUUCGUUUUACGCGGCAUGCGGGAUUCCGUUGUUCGGCAAAUGGAAAAGGACGGGAGCAAGGAAGCUAUUAGAGUAGCAAUUGAGAAAGGCCGCCCAUGCACCACGGAUAUUAUUCCAGGAACUGUUCUCCGACAUUUCCUCUAUAAAUCUAAAACAAACGUCCAGUUCACCAUGUCAUCUUAUUCCCCGGAUUUUGCCACUCCCAUUGUAAAACGAAGACUUCUAUCUACCUAUCAUGCCUUGCAUGACAGUGUCCAUGCGAAGCAUACACAUAUUAAGGUUCAGCACUGCGUAUCCAAUUUUAUGGAUUCUUUAGCAUGGAUCACCCCAGCAUUUGAAUUGUUCUGCGUAGCUUCCCCUGGUAGCAAUAGGAAUGCGUUGUCUAAAAGUGCAAAUAAAGUAGUUCAAUGGGUGCAACAAGAGGAAGAAAGACUCUUUAUCAUUGGUGGGGCUGUCUUCUAA